ACAAAUAAUUAAUGUUUGAUAACGAUCAUUUAAUACAAUGGAAAUAUAUGACUAUUUGACCAUAAAAGUUGAAGUGAGACUUCUCACCUCUAAAGAACAAUGAACUACGAAGGAUGUUAUAGCAAACCUGGAGGUGGGUGAGGUCGGAUUAAGUCAUUGACAUUCAUUUGAUUGUGGUCUUCAAUGCCUGAUCAAGACGACAAAGAUCCGAACAUGGAAACCAAAAGUUUGACUUCUUCCGAUAGUCAAAGAGAGAUUAAUGUACCUUACAUUCACAAGAUCGGUGUCCCUCCAAAACAAAAUGUCUUGAAGGAAUUCAAAUCCACACUGAAAGAAACAUUCUUUUCUGAUGAUCCUCUUCGACCCUUCAAACAUCAAACAAAAUCCAAAAAGUUUGUACUUGGUUUGCAAGCUUUGUUCCCGAUUCUUGAUUGGGGAAGAAGUUAUAAUAUCAAGAAGUUUAGAGGCGAUCUUAUCUCUGGACUCACUAUCGCCAGUCUUUGCAUUCCCCAGGAUAUCGGGUAUUCAAAGCUUGCAAAUUUAAGUCCACAAUAUGGAUUAUACUCAAGCUUCGUUCCACCAUUAAUCUAUGCAUUUAUGGGAAGCUCACGAGAUAUAGCGAUAGGACCUGUAGCUGUGGUGUCACUAUUAAUGGGAACUCUUCUUCGACAAGAAUUUGACCCUGAAAAUCAACCAAAUGAAUAUCUUCGGCUUGUAUUUACAGCUACUUUUUUUGCUGGGAUUACUCAAGCUACUCUUGGAGUUCUUAGACUAGGGUUUCUGAUAGAUUUUCUAUCGCAUGCUGCUGUUGUUGGUUUCAUGGGUGGAGCUGCUAUCACCAUUGCACUUCAACAACUUAAAGGCUUUCUUGGAAUUCCUAGUAAACAUUUCACCAAAGAAACUGAUAUUAUUUCAGUAAUGAAAUCGGUUUUUGGAUCCAUGCAUCAUUCCUGGAAUUGGCAGACAAUAGUGAUUGCAUCAAGUUUCUUAGCUUUUCUACUCCUCACCAAGUACAUUGGAAAGAAGAACAAGAAACUCUUUUGGGUUCCCGCGAUUGCACCUUUGAUCUCGGUUAUUUUAUCGACUUUUUUCGUGUAUAUUACCCAUGCAAACAAGGAAGGUGUCGCAAUAGUGGGACAUAUUGAUAAACGAAUCAACCCGCCGUCGCUUGACAAAAUCUAUUUCUCCGGCGAAAAUCUACUCAAAGGGUUUAAAAUCGGCAUUGUCGCCGGAAUGAUAGCGUUAACGGAAGCAGUUGCAAUCGGAAGAACAUUUGCUUCAAUGAAAGAUUACCAAGUAGAUGGAAACAAAGAAAUGGUAGCACUCGGAACUAUGAACAUCAUCGGCUCAAUGACGUCAUGCUACGUCGCAACCGGUUCGUUUUCCCGAUCAGCUGUAAAUUACAUGGCCGGAUGUCAAACGGCGGUUUCCAACAUUGUGAUGUCGAUUGUGGUUCUCCUCACUGUGAAAUUCCUAACCCCUCUUUUCGAGUAUACACCAAAUGCGAUUCUAUCUUCGAUUAUUAUUUCUGCUGUCAUUGGGCUAAUCGAUUACGAUGCUGCGAUUUUGAUUUGGAAAAUCGAUAAACUUGAUUUCGUCGCGUGUAUGGGAGCGUUUCUUGGCGUCGUUUUCAAAUCUGUCGAGAUUGGGCUUUUGAUUGCUGUCAUAAUAUCUUUCGCUAAGAUUCUUCUUCAAGUUACACGCCCACGAACUGCUAUCCUUGGAAAGAUUCCGAUGACGAGCGUUUACAGAAACAUCGGACAAUAUCCGGAGGCGAUUAAAGUUCCCGGUGUUCUGAUAGUAAGGGUUGAUUCUGCUAUUUACUUCUCCAACUCCAACUACACGAAAGAAAGGAUAUUGAGAUGGCUAACUGAGGAAGAAGAUAAUCUAAAAGCAAAUUACGAACCAAGGAUUCAAUUUCUCAUAGUUGAAAUGUCACCUGUUACCGAUAUCGACACCAGUGGAAUCCAUGCCUUUGAAGAACUACACAGGAGUUUGCAAAAGAGAGAUAUUCAGCUUGUUCUUGCAAACCCUGGUCAACUUGUGCUAGACAAGUUAUAUGCUGCGGGUUUUCCUGAGGUGAUAGGCGAAAACAAGAUUUUUCUCACCGUUGCAGACGCUGUUCACACAUGUGCACCAAAGAUUGCUCACGACGUGUAAGCUUAUUGGCAAAAUAUGAACACUAACGAAGAAGUAUAAAAAUGUAUACAACUUAAAAGGGUCACAAGUUCAAAUUGUUCUAGAUGAAUAAAGGUAUCACAAGUACAUACUUAAGGGAUCAUUGGGAUGUAUGCAUUUGGAGUAUUGAUAUUAAAAAGAAAAUGGGGUAUAAAAGUACCUAUAUACUCCUAGUAUAUAGACGAAGAGUCUAUUUAUAGUAACUAAUUUUAGUUCAUGGUCCCUUAGUUCAUUUGCUUUGUUGAAUUCAUAGAUGUAAUGAUUUUUGUUUGAAUGCAAAGGAAAGAGUACAAUAAUAUAUUGGAAUGUAUGUAUGAUUUUGAA